GGGUUGUGCCGUGGCGCAGAUCUUUGUGGGCUAUACUCGGCCUUGUCUCUGGAUGGUAAGUUGGUGGUUGAAGAUAUCCCUCUAGUGGUGUGGGGGCUGUGCUUUGGCAAAGUGGGUGGGGUUCUAUCCUUCCUGUUUGGCCCUGUCCGGGGGUGUCCUCGGAUGGGGCCACAGUGUCUCCUGACCCCUCCUGUCUCAGCCUCCAGUAUUUAUGCUGCAGUAGUUUAUGUGUCGGGGGGCUGGGGUCAGUUUGUUAUAUCUGGAGUACUUCUCCUGUCCUAUUCGGUGUCCUGUGUGAAUUUAAGUGUGCUCUCUCUAAUUCUCUCUUUCUCUCUUUCUUUCUCUCUCUCGGAGGACCUGAGCCCUAGGACCAUGCCUCAGGACUACCUGGCACGAUGACUCCUUGCUGUCCCCAGUCCACCUGGCCGUGCUGCUGCUCCAGUUUCAACUGUUCUGCCUUAUUAUUAUUGGACCAUGCUGGUCAUUUAUGAACAUUUGAACAUCUUGGCCAUGUUCUGUUAUAAUCUCCACCCGGCACAGCCAGAAGAGGACUAGCCACCCCACAUAGCCUGGUUCCUCUCUAGGUUUCUUCCUAGGUUUUGUCCUUUCUAGGGAGUUUUUCCUAGCCAUCGUGCUUCUACACCUGCAUUGCUUGCUGUUUGGGGUUUUAGGCUGGGUUUCUAUACAGCACUUUGAGAUAUCAGCUGAUGUACGAAGGGUUAUAUAAAUAAAUUUGAUUUGAUUUGAUUUCUACUCCUCAUUGAGAGAUGCUUAUCUGUGGUUUCCAUUCACACAACUCAGCAACUAUGGCAACAAAAUGUGGACCAACAAUACCGUUAGUGAGAGCCAUUUUUGCCUCAUUGUCAUUUAAUAAAUGUUGUGUUGUGUGACUGUGUUUCAGUUGUACUGGGGAAGAAUGUCUGGAGUGUGACAUACUCUGAUUGGUGUAUCUGUGCCUUGAAGGGGUGAACAGUGGAGAUGACCUGCUCUUUCAGCUAUCUCAGAGGUCAUAAGGUCACAUCAACCUUCUGGUUCACUAAAAUUGAGACUGAAGAUCUAGGUCAGAACCCAGAGUAUGCAGGUCGUCUGGAGUAUCAUGGAGAUAAGAAGAAAGACUGUACCCUGAGAAUCACAGACCUGAGAGAGAGAGACUACGUAUUGGUUCAGACUAUUAACAGAUCAGGAAGGAGGGACAUUUACUGGCAAUCCUGGAGUCACUCUGUCUGUCACAGAGUGAUAAGUCACCCCACCUACAUCUGGUACAAGAACGGACACAAAGUAAAGGAGGACACUUCCAGCCUGGACUCAGACUCCUUUAGUGAUGCAGACAGUUACUCCUGUGCUGUAAAAGGCCAUGAGGAUCUCCACUCUCCUGCAGUGUAUAAGAAGUGUUGGAGUGUGACUUACACCCAUCAGAAGAUCUGUGCUUUGAAGGGGUCAACAGUGGACAUUUCCUGCUCUUACACAUAUCCCAGUUACCAUGAGAUCAAACAAGCUUUCUGGUUUACUAAAUGGUCUGGUAUGGAGGCUGAAGAUCUGAGCUCAGUGCCAAGAUGUUGUGUUGGAGAUGGAUCCUACAUCUGUGUCAGAGGGGGAGAGAGUCACACUGACAUGUAGAACCAAAUGUACACUGGACCCCAUCACAGUCUACAGUUGGUAUAAGAAUGGACAGUCUCUACCAAACAGCAACACCUCCUCUCCUGUCUAUAUCCUGUUCUCAGUCAGCAGUGAGGAUACAGGCAGAUACUCCUGUUCUGUAGAAGGACAUGAGGAUCUCCCCUCUGAUGAAGAGACUCUCAUUG